AUGACGGCCAUAACACGGUCGCCGCUGAAUACGGACCUGAUGGUAGAAUUCACGGUGAACGACUUAUACCUAGCCACUGUGGACGACUGGUCGGCGAUACAGUUUGCAGCUUCCGUAGGAUUAUUACCCAAUUCUAGGAAGUGCGAAAGAUGUGGCAGACCAAUGCAUUUAGUCAGUCGACAAGAGAAUAUAGACAAGAAACGAUGGAUUUGUAAGAUCAGCGAGGGACGAAAGAAGCGCUACUGUUCCACGAAGAGCAUCAGAAGUGGGACUUUUUUUGAGAAGUCUCAUCUGACUAUCAAGACUAUUGUGCAUAUCAUCUACUGGUGGUCGUUAGAAGUACCGCCGAAUUUGAUCGAGCCGUUGUGCAGUAUAACAUCAAAAGCGGCCGCGGAUUUUGCACUGUUUUUGAGACAAGAAUGCGAAAAGUAAUUUCUAUGAACUUUUUGAUCAAACUUAAAUUUUGUUGUUUUCUCAAUUGUUUUAAGAACUAAAAUUAACAACUUUUAACAUUUUCUAAUACUAUUUUUUCGUUUUCAGAUACUUCCUUGGCCACAAACUGGACUGGGAGGAACACAACAACAACUCAGUGGAAGUCGACACAACAGAUUCGUCAGAAACUUCAUCGUCGUCGUCUACACAGAGUCGAUGGGCAGCUGCCAAACGAAAACAAGGGCCGUUGGAGUCUUCGGCCGCUGGAAUGCUAGAGAAAAAGUUUAGAAUCGAGGCCAAUGGUGCUGUCUUUGCUAAAAUCAUUGAUGCUAUCAAAACAUCGCAUAAUUCAAGUCAGUUUCUAUUGCUUUAG